GGAGCUCAAAGGGGUUUGCGCAGAGGGGUCGCCGGUUGUGGGGACGCGCCGGGCCUGGCGGCCGCACCGCGAGCUACUCGCGCUGCGGCCCCGACCCUCCCGGGGCAGCAGCCCGAGGUCCCGGCGCGUCCCCGAACCAUGCCGGUAGCCGUGCUUCUCUGCGCGCUAUGCUGCGGCCUCCUGGCCGUCUCUGCUCGUGCCGGUUACUCCGAGGACCGCUGCAGCUGGAGGGGCAGCGGCUUGACCCAGGAGCCCGGCAGCGUCGGGCAGCUGACCCUGGAUUGUACUAAGGGCGCUGUCGAGUGGCUGUACCCAGCCGGGGCGCUGCGCUUGACCCUGGACAGCCCCGAUCCGGGCAUGCGGCCCAGCAUCGUCUGUCUGCGCCCAACGCGGCCCUUCGCUGGUGCCCAGGUCUUCGCUGAACGGAUGGGCGGCAACCUAGAGUUGCUACUGGCCGAGGGCCCAGACCUGGCUGGCGGCCGCUGCAUGCGAUGGGGUCCCCGCGAGCGCCGGGCCCUUUUCCUGCAGGCUACACCACACCGCGACAUCAGCCGCAGAGUUGCUGCCUUUCGUUUUGAGCUGCAUGAGGACCAGCGUGCAGAAAUGCCUCCCCAGGCCCAAGGUCCUGGUGUAGAUGGUGCCUGCAGGCCCUGCAGUGAUGCCGAGCUCCUUCUGGCUGCAUGCACCAGUGACUUCGUGAUACAUGGAACCAUCCAUGGGGUCACCCAUGACAUGGAGCUGCAAGAAUCAGUCAUCACUGUGGUGGCCACCCGUGUCAUCCGCCAGACACUGCCCCUGUUCCAGGAAGAGGGCUCCGAGGGCCUGGGCCAGACCUCCAUUCGUACCCCGUUGCGCUGCGGUGUGCGUCCUGGCCCAGGCUCCUUUCUUUUCAUGGGCUGGAGCCGAUUUGGUGAAGCCUGGCUGGGCUGUGCUCCCCGCUUCCAAGAGUUCAGCCGUGUCUAUACAGCUGCCCUUACAGCCCACCUCAACCCAUGUGAGGUGGCACUGGACUGAGAGACCUGGGAGCAAGUCCCCACCAGAUCUUCCGCUGGGAAUGGGGUACUGGGGAGGGGUGGUAGGAAGGGUGUGGCUCAGACAGCAUCCUGGUACCUGCAGUGAAUUGAUAGAAUACUAAAUAACUGGAUGACACCAGCCACUGUAGACUUGGUCUUCUGUGACACACCCAGCUCUGCUCCGGCCUCCCUUUACUUGCUCUCCCCUCUGUUGCCCUCCUAGCCCUUCUUCGCCUGCCUGCCCUAUUGACCCGGCUGACCAAUGAGUCUGUUUUCCUCUAAUCUAGGGUGCUCCUGGGGCUGAGUGCAGAAGUGCUGAAAAUCUCAAGACUUGGGCUACUUGGGGUUUUUUUUUUUGUUUUGUUUUGUUUUUCGAGACAGGGUUUCUCUGUGGUUUUGGAGCCUGUCCUGGAACUAGCUCUUGUAGACCAGGCUGGUCUUGAACUCAGAGAUCCGCCUGCCUCUGCCUCCCGAGUGCUGGGAUUAAAGGCGUGCGCCACCACCGCCCGGCCUACUUGGGGUUUUUUAGGUGGCCUGGGGGGCAAGCAGACAGACAUCACUUCCCGCUCUGCACGAGGUCCAUUAGGGAGGAGUGCUGUAGUCUGGCGGUGUGCCAUUCCCUUCCAUGGUCGUUGUGAGCCAUACAGUCAUCCUUGGCCUGGUCCCGCCCUUGGGGAAGAAUGAGCCCCUCUGUCCGGAGGCCCCUGCGACGUGCUGAGCAUCCAGACAUGGCAAAGCGCCUGCAGGGUGUGGGGUCUCCAUUGCAGGAUCCCGCUUGUUCGUUUCCGGCGGGAUAAGUGCACAAUGGGGUCUCUAAGGACUGCUUCCCGCCACUGGCCCCAUUGUUGCCAUCCCUGCCUUCCUCCUGGGCCUCUUUAUUUUGUAAAGGGCUAGUGAGAUCCUGGACAGACAAAGCCUGUGGCCUGAAAGCCUUAAGUGAGGUGUGCACUAGGUUUCUCAGGCUCCAAACAAGCACAUUCCUGCCACUUCUCUCUCAUGGCUCUGAGAAACUGCUUCAGCUCCAGUGCUGAGUGGAGUGGAGUGGGGGUCCAGAAAUGGCUUUCUGUCCUUGCAUGCCCUCCCUUUCAAGGCUUUCAUCCAUCAUCAGUCCCAGUGGACUAUUCAUUCUUUGGUAGGAAACAGGCUGGGAGAGGGACAAGGCUGGGCAGGGACCAGACAUAUGGUUCCUUGCUCCAGACUGUGCCAGUUGAAGUUACCUGCUGGUGACACACCCUAUAUAGGCCCUGGAAUGGCUACCUUGGAAUGCUUAUAGGCAGAUAGCUUAAAUCACACCUCUGUAUUCUGGGGGUGGGCAGAGAGCGUGCCACCAGUACUUAGCCUGCCUACUUAUGGAGUGGGAGGGGCGAUGAGGGCAAGAGAUCGCUCCUGGAGAGCAGGUGAUGCCAUUUUCUUCCACCAUCUGCCUCAGAACUGGCUUCCUGCUACUUGCUCUCAUUUCCCCAAACUCCAUGAAGUGCUAAGGGCUUACCCUGGCACCUUUCCAUCUGGGUGUAGGGGAAGACUGGGCCAGUGGCCUCAUGUUUGCUCCAGGGAUCAAAUGAUGAAGACCCCCAAAGUGGAAGCAGGGAUGGGGGAGUGGUGUGUGGGAGCAGGUGGACUAAAAUCACAGGAGCUAGUCUGGGAAAACCUGUGUGGACCAGAGGACUGGGGGGUGGGGGGCUCUGUGUGGGUGCCAGUGUCAGGUAGAGUUGCCAGUGUUUUUCUGGGCACUUUAGGCAGGAGCAGUAGACAAGAAUAGCUGUGCUCAAGCAACCCUGUCUAGAAUUCAGAGUGUGGGAGGGGGAGGGCCAUGCUCCAGUUCUCCCAGUGGCCAGAUUCUGAGCUGGGUAGAGCAGAGCCUCUUUCCACAGACUACGCAUACUCCUGCUGUCUUGGGACACCUGUCCUCCAGAUUGUUUUGGAGGAAAACACUGCACCUGGGGGACAGGGUGGUGGUCUUGGGCACGCUCAGUUUGGAAGUCAUCACAGUCUCUACUAGAGAUAGUUGAGGAGAAUCAGGCCAGGACUGCAUAGAUCAAGGAGGAACUGACAUUUACGGCCAUUUGGCUUUAAUGUGGGUGGUCGGGGUCCGACAGAUUGACUCAAGGCUCUAUCUGUUUCCAUGCAGGGCUUUAAUAGGAGUUACUCAACCCUUUAUUUUUGAAGGAAGGAGAUCUUCCGGGCUCCUGGGCUGUCUUUCACCCCAGGCUGGGCCAGCUGCCAGCACCCAGCCUCUCACAUCCGGCCCCCUCCCUCCACACUCACUAGAGAGCCUACAUCUGUCUGUAUCUACCCGCCCCUCUUCUUCGACCCCAGAACACCCUCUAUUUUCCUCCUAAUUGUCGUCACUGUCGGAGUGAGUGGAAGGAUGUCCUCAGUGGGUUGUUUAUGGGUGUUUGGUAGGCUUUCGGAAAGCCUUGGUCAGCAGAAUCCACAAGAGAAUGACUUCCAGUUACAGUGGCCUUGGUUUUAACAAGAACUUCCAGAACAGUAUGGCCUCGGGGAUCCAGUGUUGUUCCCUUGCAACACUACAACUCCCAACAUCCCUCUGGACUCCAGCGCAAGCAAGCGCGGGACACAUUUCCCAGAAGCCUUUGCAUCCUCUGUUAAAAGCAAGGACAAGCCACAA